AGCCCUGCCCAAUUUUUUUGGCUUCCUGGGCUCGACUCGAACCGAACGCACCCAGAACUCUCGUCUCUGUAGUCUUGCUCCCGGUCACCUCCCCGCCCGCGUGCUGCAUCCCCAACUCCCGCCGCUCCCCUAGCAGCCCUCCGCCGCCGCCGACAGAGACAUGAAUCAGCCGGUGCAGAAGAACACCCUCUACGUAGGUGGGUUGGCGGAGGAGGUGGAUGAGAAGAUCCUGCACGCGGCGUUCGUGCCGUUCGGUGAGGUCAAGGACGUCAAGACACCGCUCGACCAGGCCACGCAGAAGCACCGCUCCUUCGGCUUCGUCACCUUCCUCGAGCGCGAGGAUGCUGCCGCUGCCAUGGACAACAUGGACGGGGCAGAGCUCUUCGGCCGCGUCCUAACCGUAAACUAUGCCUUCCCCGAGCGCAUCAAGGGAGGAGAACAGGGCUGGGCCGCGCAGCCAAUUUGGGCUGAUGCGGAUACUUGGUUCGAGAGGCAGCAGCAGGAAGAGGAAAUGAAGCGCCUUCAGGCAGAACACAGUGCAGCAAUGAAAGAAGCAGAGAAGCUUCACAGGGAGAAAGUAGCUGCAGAAAAGGACGGAGAAAAGGAAGAAGCAGAUCCCAUGGCUGCAACGGAAGCUCAGGCCGUGAAACAGAGCUCUUAAAUGUUCGGACUUAUGUAUCCACAUGUGCCAAAUACAUGGUGUGUUUAGUCAGUCGCUAUAUGUUCGCUAGACUGCCUGUUCGUAGGCUGAAGCUAAUCUUAUACUUCUUGAAGACAUGCUUCUGUUCAUCCUGGCUGUCUAGCUCUAACAUGGAAUCUGGGUUAUGGCAAAAUGGAUGUUCUGUUAUUGGUUAUGCUAUCACCAGUGCUUGGGCUGAACCAUUUUCGCGUCAUCCCUAACUGGAAAUAUGCAUACUCUCGUUUCAUUUUAGGAUGAGCUUGAGCAGUUGAACGACAGGCACAGGCGCUUUGGCCUAA